AAUGUGAGAGAGAUGAAUUAGUAAUAUUAACAAUGUUUCUAAAGACAGUAGUGUUUUGUGCGUGUGUCGCCAUGGCUUCGGUACUAGCAAUAAGCUCUUUCAAUGAGAAACCAGAGAAAUAUAAGAAUGUAGAAGGAUGUUAUAUUACGGAGAUGGACGUGGUCAUUCCGUAUGGAACAUCGGUUCAUUCGAAAAAAGACUGUAUGGAGCAUCGCUGCGGUCGCGACGCCCUGCAAACAUUGGCGUGCGCAGUUGCAAUGUAUGACCUCAGAGACAGACCGAACUGCUACAUAUUCGAAGAUCACAAUAAACCGUAUCCUGGUUGCUGCCCCCAGAUCAAAUGUCCCGCCAAGACAGAUUCACCGUAGAAGACUUAGUCAGACUUUGAAUAAAGUUUUAUUUAUUUUUAUUUUAUUUCACACAAAACAUGCUACAAUCGAAUAGAUAUAAUACAAGUUGCUGUAA